AUGAUCAACAGCGACACCACCACCUUAUGCACUCAGCGGCCGCCAUGGAGGAGGAGGGAUACCCUCUUGGUUACUCCCCAUUGUGGUAGUCAUUGCGGCUAUCACGGUGGUGGUAAUUCAUCAUUUUAUAAUAUGAUCAAACUUAAGAAUCUUGAUUUAAGUGGGAACAAUUUAGAGAAGGAUGUGCUAGUCACACUUGGUGCAUUGUCAUCCCUUCAAUUUCUAAACCUAAGUAAGAAUCCUUCUAUUCAAGGUUCAUUCACCAAUGAAGAUUUAAUUGGGUUCCAUCAUUUAGAAAUUCUAAAUCUUGAUCAUUGUGGAUUAAAUGGAACUAUACCACCUCAAAAUUUGUGUAAAAUGAAAAAACUUAAGGAGUUGGAUCUUUUUAACAAUUAUUUGGAAGGAGACAUCCCUACACGCUUAAACGAGUUAUCAUUUUUGAGACGAUUGGAUGUCAAUAAUAAUCUAUUGAAUGGAAGCAUAUCUUUGUCACUAUUCAAAGAUCUCAAUUCCUUGGAAUAUAUUAAUCUACGCGAUAAUAAUCUAGAAGGAUCGUUGUCUUUGAGUACAUUUGCCAAUUUAUCGAAGCUUCAAAAUGUUCUAAUAAAUAGUAAGAGUGAUAAGCUAGUGAUAGAAGAAGACGAGGUUGAUUGGGUUCCUAAGUUUCAAUUGAAGACUCUUAUCCUAUCCAACUGCAGCUUGAAGUUAUUACCCAAGUUUCUUCUUUUUCAGAAGAAUCUUUUCGCCAUCGAUCUCUCUCACAAUAGAUUAGGAGAUUCCUUUCCCAACUGGUUGGCGGCAAACAAUACAAUGCUCCAUUAUUUAUAUAUGCAAGAUAAUAAUUUGAGUGGAUCUCUUCAUAUGUCAAAAAACUCACUAAUUGCAUUGGAUGUAUCACGUAACAAUUUGAGUGGCUUCUUUAACUUCAGUUGGAGUAUAGGACGAGGUGACAUGGAUUUCAUUGACAUCAGUCACAACAAAAUGUCAGGUCAUAUUCCACGUUCUUCUAUCUCCAUCACGAUCCGCAUGCUUGCCAUGCGAAACAAUUCAUUUUCUGGCCCUUUUCCAUGCGAGUAUGUUGCAGAUACUUUGGACAUUUCUUAUAACUCAUUCACGGGAGCAUUCUUUUCUUGUCCGGGAGUGAAGUACUACUGGAGUUACCUGAACUUGUAUGGGAAUAAGUUCACAGGAAUAGUUCCAGAAACUGUUUUCAGUUCACUACUUAGUCUCAAUACAUUGGACAUUGGAGAGAACUCCUUCUCUGGAAAGAUACCAAAUUUCAUUAAGCAUGAAUCUGAUAUAAGAGUAUUAUCUUUGAGAGGAAAUGAUUUCACUGGAGAAAUCCCACAUCAGUUAUGUCAAUUGCGAAAGUUAAAUUGGUUGGAUUUGUCCAACAACUUCCUCUCGGGACCUAUUCCUAGUUGCCUCGGUGAUAUGAAUUUUGGGAAAGACCCAAAUUAUGCCGGUAUAACAUAUAUCGCACCAACUUCAGUUGAAGGAGAGCUUGAAGGAAUGCAGUCAUAUGUUUAUGAUGAUAAUGUGGAGAUGUAUACUAAGUACAGAGCUGAUUCCUAUACUGGUAGGUUAUUGGCAAUGAUGUCUGGAUUGGAUCUAUCAUGUAACAACUUGGAAGGAGAAAUUCCAAAUGAACUCGGAUAUCUCAAUUCCAUCCAUACUCUCAACCUUUCACACAAUUGGUUAAGUGGAUCCAUUCCUCAGACAUUUUCAAACCUGAAACAGAUUGAAAGUUUAGAUCUUUCACAAAACAAUCUCAGUGGAGAAAUUCCAUCCAACUUGAUAGAUCUGAAUUUUAUGGGGACAUUUUCUGUAGCAUAUAACAAUCUAUCGGGAAGACUUCCAGAUAUGAAGGGUCAAUUUCAAACCUUUAAAGAGAAUAGUUAUGCAGGUAACCCAUUCCUCUGCGGACCUCCAUUGAAGAAAGACUGUAAGGUCAAGAACAAGAACAACAAUGAUGAUCAUCAUGAUCAUGAUGAUGAUAAAGAUGAAGCGUGGUAUACUAUUGACAGAGAGGUUUUCUUUGCAAGCUUUAUGGGGGCCUAUAUUGUCUACAUUUUGGGAUUCAUUACAGUUCUCUGGAUCAAUACCCGUUGGCGUAACAUGUGGUUCAAUUUCAUCGAAAAUAUCUUGUUUUCGUCUUACUAUUUUCUAUUAGAUGCAUGGUAUAAGUGUUUUAGGGUUUGA